UUUCCCUUCUCAAAUCAUCAUCAUCAAAAAAUUUAUACAUAGAAAUUUCUGAUCUCAGAUUUCUUCCAAUUCUCAGAUUUCAGAAAACCCUACAGGGCCAAUCAGAAACCCUAGAUUUAUCAUCUCCCAAUUUUGGAAGAAGAAAGGGAGAAUUUUGCUCGUGACCCACUUUCUGUUUCAGUGUAAUAUAACCGAAAUUCAGUUGAUUUGGACGCAACUCCUCCAUUUCCGUGCCUUGAUUUCUCAGGAAACGCAAGUUCCAUGUCGGUUUGAUUUCACCAUUUUUGGAAUACCCAGAAAGAGGAAUCAUCUGUAUUCGCUUCCCUUUGUGUUGUUGAGUUGAAGUGAGAGUGGCAUUGGCGAGUGCAAUCGAAUUGGUGAAGUGGGUCUUCGUUGAAAUGCGUAUUUGGGGAAUUGAAGGGGGUGGUGAAGAAGAAUGAGAGGUGCAUAUGAAGGUUUUGUUGAGAUAUAAUGUCUGGAGGUGGAGGUCAAUUGAGUAUUGGGAUUCGUUCUGGGAGUUAUGGGUCUUUGGAUAAACAGUUUCAGAACGGAGCAUCGCCUAUUCAACCAUCAGGAACUGGACGCAAGCCUUCCAAGAUGCUUAAGGAGAAGGAGAAGGAGAGGUUGUUCCUUUGGAUCUGCAAAUUUGCUGGCCGGAAGAAGGUUGGAAUGCUCUUCCUCUGUCUCAUCUCCGCCGCGGUUUUCAUCUGGGUUUUGUAUGUUGGAAAAGGUGAAGAUUCUCAGGAUGGAAACACGGUGCAGAGCAUUAAUGUUAACGACAGUGUGUCCAUGAGUAAUUCUCCACCUGAGAUCUCUGCAGCAAAGGCAAUGGGCUUGACUACGAAUUUGGCAUUAUCCCCUCCACCCCCUGACUAUUUUCUGGGCUACCAUCUUCCUAUUGGGCAUCCUUGUAAUAGCUUCACACUCCCUCCUCCACCAGCUGAUAAAAAGCGUACUGGGCCACGUCCAUGCCCUGUAUGUUACCUUCCUGUGGAAGAAGCCAUUGCUCUGAUGCCAGCACUGCCCUCACCUUCUCCAGUUCUUAAGAAUUUAACAUAUAUCUAUGAAGAAAAUUUAAGUAGAGAUGGAGAAUUUGGUGGUUCAGACUUUGGUGGAUAUCCUACUUUGAAGCAGAGAAAUGAUUCUUUUGAUAUACGAGAAUCAAUGAGUGUGCAUUGUGGAUUCAUAAGAGGAAUAAAACCUGGCCACAACACAGGAUUUGACAUUGAUGAAGCUGAUCUUCAUGAAAUGGAGCAGUGUGAUGGAGUGGUUGUUGCAUCUGCCAUAUUUGGAAAUUUUGAUGAGAUAAAUGACCCGAAAAACGUAAGUGAUCAUUCGAGGAUGACCGUAUGCUUCCUCAUGUUUGUUGAUGAAGUAACUGAAAAAUAUCUGAGGAGUUCUCGCAAGCUGGCAAUCAACAAGAAGGUUGGCUUGUGGAGAAUUAUUGUUGCUCGUAAUCUUCCUUACAUGGAUGCAAGACGGAGUGGGAAGAUUCCAAAACUUUUGUUGCAUAGAAUGAUUCCAAAUGCUCGCUAUUCUAUAUGGCUUGAUGGAAAGCUUGAGCUUGUUGUGGAUCCAUAUCAAAUUCUUGAAAGGUUUUUGUGGAGGAAGAAUGCAACUUUUGCAAUAUCAAAGCAUUAUAGACGCUUUGAUGUAUUUGUUGAGGCCGAGGCAAAUAAAGCUGCUGGAAAGUAUGAUAAUGCCUCUAUUGAUUCUCAGAUUGAGUUUUACAAAAAGGAGGGAUUGACCCCAUAUACAGAGGCCAAGCUUCCUCUUAUAAGUGAUGUUCCUGAAGGAUGUGUAAUAGUAAGAGAGCAUGUUCCUAUUAGCAACCUCUUUACUUGUCUUUGGUUUAAUGAAGUUGACCGAUUCACUUCAAGAGAUCAGAUCAGUUUCUCAACUGUCAGGGACAAAAUGUUGUCAAGGGUAGAUUUUCAUUUGAACAUGUUCUUGGAUUGUGAAAGACGCAAUUUUGUUGUUCAGAAAUACCACAGAGAUUUGUUACUGCGUCUGGCUCCACCAGUGGCCGUUGCUCGCCUUCCCCCUUCAUCUCCGCCGCCUCCAUUGCCUGUGCUUGAAACGCCGCCUGAAAAGGUUGUAACCACAACCAUGAGAAAAGGCCCUGGAAGGCGUGGAAGAGAUAGAAAAUCUGGUUCCAAGCGCCACCGCAAAGUUGUUGCUGGAAGCAGAGACCCUGAAGCAAGUUAAAAGUUUUGUUUGGGUGAUUAAGUUGUUAUUUUUUAACAUAUAUAAAUUCCACCUACGAAAGUCAUUCAUUGCAGAGCUGGAGGGAAAAUGUGCAAGAUGAGUGUUGUAUUGUUUCCACAUAGACGCUCCCAUUCUUUUUUAUUUUGUGAAAUUGUCCAUUUUUGUUAAUUUUUUACUGUACAUAUGAUAAAAUUUUCAAUAAUUAUGAUAUGGGUUGCCACUAAAUUCCACACGUUACGUGGUAUCCCAUUUUGCUAUUCCUUGAUGAUAGACGGUGUACUUCCUCUCUGUUGUACUCCAUGAAAGGUAUCUAUUAUCUAUAUUCAUGGCAUUUAUUAAUACAAGUAAUACACGGCACUGUUUUUAGUUUCA